AUGACGCUGCCAAUACUUACUGGCGAGUUCCGCGACGGACCAUUCAUUGGUCUCGAGUACAAAACACCUUCGCAAGCAGGAGUCACAGACCUGCAUGGAAGAUUCUCAUACCUCGCAGGCGAGGUGAUUACUUUCUUCAUCAAAAACCUCAGACUCGGUUCCACAAUGGCUGCCACUUCUUUGACACUUGCAAGCCUUGACGAUGGACUGGACACAGACCUUUCCCGACCAUCUACAGUUAACCGCGCUCGUUUUGUCCUCAGCCUCUCGCGCGAAUCGGACUUCCGCAACGGUGUGACCAUCAGCCAGGAGAUUGGCGACACUAUCAGCAAAAGCAUAGACGGCCUAUCGUUCGAUUUCGAAACCGACUCCUUUGAGCAGGCGACGUCUCUCCAUGCGAUCUUCGAUGAACUCAACCUUCGGUUCCGGGGAGCUGCCGAAGUGCGUAACCACCUUCGACGCUCGCUUAGAGGUAUCAAGUUGCUGCGGGAUGUGCAGAUUCCCACCAGGGACGGCAGUUGGCUUGGAGCAGACGUGUUCCUUCCCAUCGGCAAUGGUCGCUCACCAGUUCUCAUGAACAUGAGCGUCUACGGCCGCGCAUUCCGUAUUGGUGUGAUUCGCACCGAUGAUGAGUUCCAAGCAAGCGAGAAACGCGAAGAUGCUUGGCACGAGAAUGAGAGGGAAGACAUACCACCCUUCUUCAAAUGGUCAGAAGCUGCAUUCCGGCCGAACGCCACCACCUGGGUACCGCGAGGCUAUGUCAUGAUACGUGUGGACAAUCGCGGUAUCGGGAAUACACCAGGCGAUGUGAAUCCGUUCUCUCAGCAGGAAGCUCUUGACUAUUACGACGCAAUUGAGUGGGCUGCGAAGCAGCCUUGGAGUGACGGGAACGUUGCCACAUUUGGAGCAUCGUUUCAUGCAACGAACCAGUUCAAUGUGGCUGGUUUGCAACCACCAUCUCUUAAAGCGAUCGCGCCUCUUGCGUGUGAUGCAGAUGCAUACCGAGAUUUGUCUUAUCCAGGCGGUAUAUACCUCGAGAGAUACCGCGAGUAUUGGUGGGAAGUCCUGGUGGGGAAGCAAAGAAACCCACAGUCUGGCGCUGUUGACUUCCUGGGAGGCUUCAGGAGCCACCCAUGGGAUGACGAAUACUACCAUGGAGAAGGACUAAUGUCCGCUGAUUUUUCGAAAAUCAAUAUACCUGUCAUGGUCACUGUUAGCCAAAGCGAAGUCAUCCAUGGGCGGGCCGGUUUUGAAGCCUUUCGGGAGCUACGUUCGCCUUCUAAGCAGCUGCUCGUUUGGGAUGCAUUCUAUAUGCCAUCCAUGAUUGAAGGGAGCGACGCAGAUCUCCGUACCUUUUUUGACCUGCACCUGAAAGGUAUCAAGCCAGUCCAGCAACAGCCGCCUGUGCGCAUAAUGAUGAGGACAGGCGACAGAAAAUUUGAAUGGCGCAACGAGGCUGAUUGGCCGGUUCCCAACACGCAGUAUUGCGAUUUCUUCCUCGAUGCCAGGGCUUCAAAUCAAGUGGGACGUCUCGAUACCGUGGAAUGCAAAUCGGAGUCCUUCAUUGAGUAUUCCGCAGACACAGAGCCUACGAAUCACAGCAGUGCGCCGAUGGCCGCGUUUGUAUCAGCUCCAUUCGACAACGACGUGGAUUUUGCAGGCCACUUCAAGGCCACAUUGUGGGUGGCAUCCACGUCCUCGGAUGCCGAUGUUUACGUUUCGCUUCGGGUCUUGGAUGGUGAACUGGAGGUGCCGUACAGGACUAUGGAGCCGGCCACAUUCCAGGGUGAAGCUCGGGGAAAGAGAGCAACAGCUCCAUUAACAUCAGGGGUUCUGAAGGCUUCGCGGAGGGCUACUGACCCUGCUCGCAGCACGCCUGAGCGUCCUUGGCACACGCAUCUCGAAAAGGAUGUCCAGCCCUUGAUUCCAAAUGAACCAGUCAAGAUUGAAGUUGAGUUACUGGCAGUCGCCGGACGGAUUCCAGCCGGGCGGCGACUACGUCUUGAGAUUUCCCCUAUUGAGGGCCCAGGAGCUGUACCUGGAUUUGAGCGCGCAUAUGAUGAAACAUACCACCGUGGAGCCGUCAACCGUGUCUUCACGGGUGGAACAUACGCAAGCUCUGUUACUAUUCCUAUUGUUCCUGUCAAGUCUAGUUAG